AUGGAAGGAAGCAGCACCAGUAAAGGGGAUCUCCUCGUGCGUGUCGAAGAUUUAUUGAUUCAGAUUUUUGUAUGCCUACCGGUGAUAUCCCUGUUGCGAUUCAAGACAGUCUGCAAAUCAUGGCGAGCAAUCAUCGAAAGCUCUGAUUUCAUCCAUCGCCAUGCUAUUAACAAUAACGAUUCGGCGGCAACAAAUAAACUAGGUACUUUCAUCUUUCAAUAUAAUCGUCUUGGUGUUACAAAUAGGGGUCGGCACCGGCUACCACACUUCUUUGUGUUAUCCUCCUCCUCUGGCAGUUCUACUACUACUUCCAAUGAUGAUUACCCUUGGUUGUACAAAGAUUUAGGAAUUCCGAUCGGAGACAUGGUUCUAGAGCGUGAACGCCCGGUAAGAAUGGUUGCUUCUUGUCAUGGAAUUAUUUGUUUUUAUCAAAAACUUUCUAGAGAUAUUGCUCUGUGGAACCCUGCCACAAAACAAUUCAGAUUUCUACCCAAAUCGUUACCCCUCCCGGAAGGAAAAUUUGGUAGAUUUCUAUCUGACUAUGUUGGGUUUGGUUUUGAUACACUAACUAAAGAUUACAAAGUCCUACUUAUUACGUCAUUCGAUUCAGAUUACGAAGAAACCAAAAAAAAGAACGCAGUUCAGGUUUACUACGUGCGUACUAAUUCUUGGAGGUGGUGCGUAAACAUUGAUCUACCUACUUAUUGCAUUUCAAGGAGUAAUACUGCUCAUAAUCACGGAGUCUACCUAAAUGGUCAUUAUUUACUUUUAGCAUUUCAAUUUUACGCAACCUUGGAUGAUGAUGGAGAGUCGUGUAUUGGUAGGGAGACAGUGGUGAUAUCAUUUGAUUUAAGCAAUGAAACUUAUAGAAUUAUACCAGCUCCGACGGAUGAUGAUGUUCGGCUAGAUAUCAGAGGAAAAGAUGGAAAAAUUGUUUGUGUUACUCAUCUACUGCCCGAUGAUCGCAAAUGUCAAGUAUAUUUGUUGAAUGACGACAACGGGUACUCUUGGACUAAACUGUAUGAGACUAAUAUGUAUCAGCCUCACAGUUGUCUUGGUCCUAUGGCGAUUUCGAAUGAUGGGUUAUGUGGUUUUUUGCGAGGUUCAGAUGGUUAUGGUCUCAUGUCAUACAACUUGGAAACUCAGGAAAUGAGAGAUAUUCAAAUUCCUAAUGUCAGUUUCAGUGAUGUAUUAGUGCAGACAGCUCAUAUCUAUAAGGAGAGCUUAGUUUCUAUCUGCGCUAAUGAUACAACAUUGUGA